AAAAAAGGUUGGGAACCACUGAUGUAAGGGACUGCAAACCUGCAAGUGAACUGUAAAAAUAUUUUAUUUGAGAUUUUGUCAUUAUUUUUACAAGGAUAUUGUGAGGCAAGUUUAAUCCAAAGAUGCAUUGACGGUGUAUGUUGCUGAGUUUGUUGCCAACACAGAAAGUUCGACUUAAUAUCUGAUUCUUUGUGAUAUUUAAUGUCACAAUUGUAUAUCUAGCCUUUACAAGCAUGCAUGCAUAUUCAUUGUGUUGCUUAUGGCUCUUUUAAUUGCUGUAGAUUUAUUGGCAAUGCUUUGGUUAUUGUCUGAUUAUUUUCCUGCGGGAUACAGUGCUAAAGUUAUCAAGCUGGUGUGUUUGGUGUACAGCUUUAUGGGUCUACAGUACAGUUAAAAAGCAUCUGAAUCGCCCCACUCCUUGUGUCAUUUUGAAACAGAAACCUAAACCGAUGUUGGAAAGCGUUCAUCGUGCCGCAUUGCGGAGCAUCUCUGUCCGUCAGCAGCAGUGAUAUUUCCAGUCAUUUAGAGAUGCUCGUUUUGUUUAAUUUCACAUAUCUAAAGAUGCAUCAGCUGAAGAUUGUUUUGAUGUCAGUAAUUCUGAAGAUCGUUGAUGGGUUAGUUGUUCGUGGCCCCUCUGCUCCUCUGUCUGCUCCUCUGGGAUCUUCAGUGGUUUUGCCCUGUUAUGUUGAUGAAGCUUUACCAGUGGAGGAUCUGGAGGUGGAAUGGAGAAGAGCAGACUCAGAGACUCUGAUUCAUCUGUAUCAAGAUGGUGAGAGUCGAGCAGAGGUCCAGCAGCAGGAUUAUCAUGAUAGAGCUCAUUUCUUUACUGAGGAGAUUCAACAUGGAAACUUCUCCCUCCGUCUGGACAAUCUGACAGCUCAAGAUGAAGGAGAAUACAGGUGUAGAGUUCACAGUCAGCAGGAUUCUGGAGAAACUGUGGCUGAGAUAAAAAACAUUGAGCGUUUGCUGGUGUCAGGCCCAGAAAAGUUAGUUUCUGCAUAUGUUGAUGGGGACGUGACUCUGAACUGCUCUGUAGACUCUCACAUCACACCUGAACACAUUGAAGAGGUUUCAUGGAGGAAAACAGAUAAAGAUGGAGAUAUUACAGUUCUGCUUUACCAGAAAAAUAAGACUGUAUCAGAGGCAACACAUGAGGAAUUCAGAGGCAGAGUUGAGUUCUUCACUGCUGAAAUCCCCAAAGGAAACUUCUCUCUCAGACUGAAGAGUGUCAGAACUGAGGAUAAAGGAGUUUACAUGUGUCAAGUGUUUGCUGGAGUUUUAUCAGCCAAUGCUACUGUACAGCUGGAGAGACUGGGUUUCUCUGCUUUACACACAAUGACGAUGAUUCUCUGUAUUUCUGCAUCUGGAUCUGCUCUUCUGCUCUGCUUUCUAAUAUACUCACCUGAUAAAGAAACAUUAAUUGGUCUUCAGAUGUUUCUCCUCUUCUUUCCAAAUAUUCUGAUGUGUCUUGCGUUUCUCCUCUGGGGUUUAACUGAAGGAUCUCUGAAUGAGUCGGUCUGUUGUUGUGCUCUUUAUUUUCUGAGGCCUCUUUUGUUGCACUGGGCAGCUCCACCAAUGAGUAUCUUCACAGGGAACAUAAGCAGACACCAGUGCAGGCUUGGGUGAGAGAAAGUUAAUAAUGUUCUGAAAAAACCUUCAGAGGGGAAAAACCUAAAUCCAACCAGGAGCUUGCAGAAAGGGAAAAAAUAAGGGAAAAAUAAAACAGAAGACAUCUGCAUGAAAAAACUCCCUGAAGAGGGUGUCCAAAUUGUCCUCAACAACAGAAACCAUGUCCUGACUCUAGACACUUCCAGAAGAGGGCACAUCAUUUAAAGAUCCUCAAAAAAGGAAAUAAAAAAACAGCCAGGGUGAGGCAAAAAAAAUACUACAAAAACUAAAGUCUAUUAAGAUGUUUCUUUGGCUGGGGCCAAGCUGAAGCAUGGCCACGUAGGGAAGGCUGGAAGAGGUGCGAGAGAGAAACAGAGGAAGCCAGUGAUUAAAUGAAGCAGUCCGGUAACAAGAAGGAGGGUUACGGAAAGCGAUCAAAAUAAAAAAUUCAUGUGCACUCCCCCCACCACCACCAAACAAGCUCCACCAGGCCCUGCAUGGAGGGGCCUACCUUGUCCAGACCAUAGCCCUCCUAGUACAUCAAAUAUUGAAAGCCCCGGUCUCUGCGUCUGUUGUCUAGUAAUAUCCACGCAGUGUAAACUGGGGAGCCAUCCACUAAACUAAAGUGUGGAUUGGGGCAGAGGGAACAAGACAUGAAUAGAAUAAAGGUUUAACCCUAGACUCAUGAAAUAUAAGGUGUACCAGACUAAGCGUAGGAGGAAGCUUGAGCUGUAUCUCCACCCAACUCAAGAACUUGGUGAUUCGUUAUGGGCCAAUGAAGCUGGAUGCCAACUUGCAUGAGGCUACUCUGAGAGGCAGGUCCUUGGUAGCCAUACUCUUUGAUCACACCUGUAAUGGGGAAUGAGAGUCCAGUGAUUAUCAGCUGCAGCUUUGGUCUGUCUAUUAGCCUGGGCCAAGGCUUCCCUGGCUCUCCUCCAGGUGUGUCGACACCCCUUCGGGUUCCUGCGUGGAAAACAAAGGAGGUUGGAACCCUAUGGAACAUUGAAAUGGGGACAUACCUGUGGCAGAUGACAAAAAUGAUUAAUGACCGUAUUCAACCCAAGUUGAGUUGUUAACACCAAGAGCCAGGAUUGUGGGACAUCAGGCAGCGAAGAGUAUGUUCCAAACAACCUCUGGUUUGUCUGCUUGGACUGCCCAUUGGUCUGGGGAUGAAAUUCUGAUGACAGAUUUGUAGAGGCCUCAAUCUGUCAACAGAAUUCCUUCCAAAACCAGGAGACAAACUGAGGGCUCCUAUCAGACACCACAUUGACCGGAAGACCAUGAAUCUGUAAAACUUGAUCAAUCACCUCUUGAGCAGUCUGGUGGGAAGGGAUAGUAAAAGGAUGGAGCAUUAGAAUUCUUGUUCCGAGCGCAUAUCAAGCAGGCGGCCACAAACUUCUGUCCUUGGCUGUGGAUGGCCACCAGAAUUGCUGACAAAAGGCAACCAGCAGGCAACCUGACUCCUGGGUGACAGGUCAACUUAGAGGAAAGACCCCACUGGAUUAUUUCCGAGCUCAUCUUGGCUGGA